UUUCUUCGAGGAGUGAGAAGCCCCAAAAAAUAUUAGAGAGAGAAGGGGGCGACGGAAUUCAGAGAGAACAAGAGAAGAUAGGGUUCAGACUUCGCGCUUCAACAAUCCUCAUUUGAUUCACUCUCCGCGGCCAUUGGAAGGGUUUCUUUACUGGAUCUGCAGGUUGGUGGGAGUUCAAUUAGAGAUCCGACCGAUUCUUCUCCAUUUCUCAAGCCUGUCACAGCCUUCUUGCUCCUAUUUUUCUCUCGUGGUUUUUAAGCUAGGGUUGUGUUCAUGGAAAACGUGGAGGAAAUGAAGCCAUUGGCCACAAACAAUUGCCAUACAGAUGGCGGAACAGACACUGUCGAAGUUAAAUUCUCAGAAUUGUGCCAGAAUGGAUUACGUCUUGAUGAGAAUUGUUCUGAUCAAGCGUUGAAGUUAUUUAGAGAAACAAAGCACCUUUUGGUAGCAAAUAUAUCAGCAAUUGGGAGUGGAGUUGCUGAAGAAGCCGAACGUUUUUGGUCUGCCUUUGUUUUAUAUUCUGUGAAGAGGCUGAGAGAUAAGAAUUCAGAGAGUUCUGAUCAGGGAUCCGAGAAUAAUAGCUUUACUUUAUGCCAGAUAUUGAGAGUUUGCAAGCUGAACAUUGUAGAAUUUUUUAAAGAGCUGCCUCAGUUUGUUGUUAAAGCUGGUCCAGUUUUAAGUAAUCUCCACGGUGCAGACUGGGAGAAUAGACUAGAGGCAAAGGAGUUGCAGGCAAACUUCGUGCAUUUGAGCCUCUUAAGCAAGUACUAUAAGCGUGUCUACCGAGAAUUCUUCUACACCAAUGAUGCUAAUGUUGAAAAGCAGCCAGCUAUAUCAUGCCCUACUGGUUACUUGUCUGAUUAUCAUCGUUUUGGAUGGUUGUUAUUUUUGGCACUUCGUGUACAUGCUUUCAGUCGUUUUAAGGACUUGGUGACUUGCACUAAUGGUUUGGUUUCCAUUUUGGCUAUUUUAAUUCUUCACGUUCCCGUUCGUUUCAGAAGCUUCAACAUUCUUGACUCUGAACGCUUUGUUAAGAAAGGUGGAAAAGGAGUGGACCUGCUUGGAUCACUUUGUAAUGUCUAUGAUACCUCAGAGGAAGAACUGAGGGAGGUAAUGGAGAAGACAAACAGUUUGAUAGAAGAUAUUUUGAAGAAGAAGCCACGUUUGGCUUCUGAGUGUAAUAGUAAAACCUUGGAGAAUAUUGACAUUGAGGGUUUGAUCUACUUUGAAGACUUAAUGGAGGAGUCAUCUCUUGCAUCCAGUUUAGAAAUUCUGGAAAAGGACUACGAAGAUGCAAUUCGUAACAAAGGUGAGCUUGAUGAGCGGGUAUUUGUUAAUGAUGAGGACAGUUUACUUGGGUCGGGUAGCUUGUCUGCAGGUGCUGUUACUAUGAGUGGCAUCAAGAGGAAGUUUGACUCAAUGUGCUCGCCUGCAAGGACAAUAACAAGUCCAAUGUCUCCACUCCGCUCUCCUUCUUCUCAUGCCAAUGGCACUCUUAAUACUGGCAAUGCAAAACUUGCUGCCACACCUGUUAGCACAGCCAUGACAACGGCAAAGUGGCUUAGAACUGUUAUUUCUCCACUCCCCGCAAAACCUUCGGCAGAGAUGGAACGCUUUUUGACUUCAUGUGAUAGAGAUGUAACUAAUGAUGUAGUUCGCAGGGCACAUAUAAUAUUAGAGGCUAUAUUUCCAAAUAGUGCUCUAGGAGAUCGCUGUAUAGCUGGAAAUUUACAAAGUGCUAACCUCAUGGAUAACAUCUGGGCAGAACAAAGACGAUUAGAAGCACUGAAGUUAUAUUAUAGGGUUCUGGAAGCAAUGUGCAGAGCAGAGUCUCAAAUGCUUCAUGUGACUAAUUUGACCUCUUUGCUGACUAAUGAGAGGUUCCACAGAUGUAUGUUGGCUUGUUCUGCCGAAUUGGUAUUGGCAACACACAAGACUGUUACAAUGUUGUUUCCUGCAGUAUUGGAGAGAACUGGCAUUACAGCUUUUGACCUCAGUAAGGUGAUAGAGAGUUUCAUUAGGCAUGAAGAAUCACUUCCUAGAGAAUUGAGGCGACAUCUUAAUUCCUUGGAAGAACGGUUAUUAGAGAGCAUGGUAUGGGAGAAAGGUUCGUCAAUGUAUAACUCCCUGAUUGUUGCUAAACCUACCCUUGCUGCAGAAAUAAAUCGUCUGAGUUUAUUAGCUGAACCCAUGCCAUCUUUGGAUGCAAUUGCUGUUCAAAUUAACUUUUCUGGUAUUGGGGUAUCGACCAUGCCUAAUUUGCAAAAGCAUGAGAGUUUACCAGGUCAGAACGGGGACAUAAGGUCACCAAAAAGGUUGUGCACAGAUUUAAGAAGUGUGCUAGUGGAACGGAAUUCCUUUACUUCUCCAGUGAAGGACCGUCUGCUUGCUUUAAGUAGUAUUAAGUCUAAGCUUUUGCCACCUCCUUUACAGUCCGCAUUUGCAAGUCCAACUCGGCCUAAUCCUGGAGGUGGUGGGGAAACGUGUGCUGAAACUGGAAUUAACAUAUUUUUCGGCAAGAUCAUCAAGUUGGCUGCUGUUAGAGUCAACGGUAUGGUGGAAAGGUUGCAGUUAUCUCAUCAUAUCAGGGAGAAUGUCUACUGUCUUUUCCAACAGAUACUCAGUCAAAAGGCAUCACUAUUAUUUAAUCGUCACAUUGACCAGAUCAUCCUUUGUUGUUUCUAUGGCGUUGCUAAGAUAUCUCAACUGAGCCUCACUUUCAGGGAAAUCAUUUACAAUUACAGGAAACAACCACAAUGUAAACCACAAGUCUUCCGAAAUGUGUUUGUCGAUUGGUCUUCAGCACGUCGUAACGGGAGAUCAGGACAGGAUCACGUCGAUAUAAUUACGUUCUACAAUGAAAUAUUUAUUCCUUCCGUAAAACCUUUGCUUGUUGAAAUUGGCCCGGCUGGAUCUAUCAUGAAAACUGAGCGGGUUCCUCAAGCAAACAACAAUAGUGAUGCACCAUGCCCUGGAUCACCCAAGAUAUCUCCAUUUCCAAGUCUUCCUGAUAUGUCUCCGAAGAAAGUAUCUUCAGCACAUAAUGUCUAUGUCUCUCCAUUAAGAUCAUCAAAGAUGGAUGCGUUGAUUUCACACAGUUCUAAAAGCUAUUACGCUUGCGUUGGAGAGAGCACUCAUGCGUUUCAAAGCCCUUCAAAAGACCUCACUGCCAUAAACAACCGCUUGAAUGGUACCCGAAAACUUCGAGGCACGCUUAAUUUCGACGACGCAGACGUCGGUCUGGUCAGUGAUUCUCUGGUGGCCAACAGCCUUUACCCACAAAAUGGAAGUUGUGGAUCCUCUUCAGGUGCACCUAUUAAAACUGAACAGCCUGAUUCUUAAUUUAAAGCUUUCCAUAACCCACCUAGUGUACAUAUAUCUAUAUAUCUAUAUAUAUAUAUAUAUAUUUUCUCUCUCUCUCUCUCCCCUCUUCAAUCUCCCUUUCUCUCUCUAAAGAUGUAUUACCACGGGGGUAUUGUAUUGAGCGGUGAGUUAUUGUGUAGAAUAGCCGCCACCACUGCCCUUGUUUUAGGCACCCACCCAUCUGAAAUUUGUAGUUGGCUAUGAUUAAUUAGUUUAGUUCAGAUUCAGUUUAGCUGUGUUUAA